AUGUGGGGCAAAGGCAAAAAUUACUCAACAUCCCUCCCUCUGUGGCGCAAAGGUUUACCUACGGCCCAGCCAUUUUCUGUCAUGAGGAGUCUCUCCCCCGUCUCCUUUCUCGUCGGCCUUUCUCGGCUGUCUUGUAGCGCCGCGAUCCGUAACGGUCGCCUGCGGGUGCUCACGCACGUGACGACGAUGUGCCGACCGAUCGCGGUCUCUCCCGUCUGGCCUCUUCCGUCUCGCUCGACCGUCUGCCUCUUGAGGCGGGAGCAGCCGACGGAACCGAGCACGACUACGCUGCUAUCGCUGCAAAGAUUUAGGCCAUGUAGCACAGGAUUGCUCGGGAAACGAGUCCGGGGACAAGGUGCUGUCGCAACCCUUGCCCCGUCUCGGUCAAUAAAUGCGGCAUUGCCUGUUGUCAACGUGUACGUUGAGGGUAAACGAUGUUCGGCGCUCGUUGACACUGGAUGUUCCCGAUCGAUCGUUAGUGCGGAUCGAUGCGUGACAUGGAGCAGUCAACAAAUCGAGAUUCGGACGAUUGACGGAGUGUCCCGGGCCUGUUGUGGUGUCGGGACUGUAUCAAUCCUCACAGACGGAGGGAAUCAUGCCAAGGUCGACGUCUUGGUGGCACGUCAAAGGCCCCUCGGUUACGACCUGCUGCUUGGGAUUGAUGCGAUCCGAGCGUUAGGGGGCAUGAUAAUCACGCCAGCCGUAAAUGUGGAACUGGAUAAAGGAAGAAAGGUGUGUGCAGCCCUUUGCAUUAGUGAGCCGGAUUUCGACGUCUCUUUCAAUUCCGACGAGAGGGUGUGGACCGGCAGACGCUCUGUUCUUUCUUCUCUCUGUCUCUCGAUUUACAUCUUUCUCUCGUAUGACUCAAUAAAUGAUAAGACUCUCUGUCCUUCCUUCUCUCUCUCCCUCCCUCGACCUCUUUCUCUCGUACGACUACAUAAAUGA